AUGACACCGUGCUCUAACCCCGGCGCCGGCACCCCGACGCCGAGGCCUCCCGCUGCAACUCCACGCGUGCAGGGGGCCGGCGUGCCGCGGCCGGUGAUGAGCACCUAUGUUAACCUCGGCACUGCCGUGAGAGCAGCCCCGACACCGCAGAUGAAAAUGCAGGCCGCGGCGGCGGCAGGAGCGCUCGGCAUUCAGGCGCGCCCUCGUGCUGUCGGUGCCGCCGUCCCGACCGCGGGGUCUCCCAUGCCACUGCCACACACGCAGGGAGCGCCGGGCGCUGCCGUGCUGCCACGUCCGAUGAGCCGCGGUAACCUCGGCGGUGUCCCCAUGCCAGCAGCCCCCUCACCGAUGCCACGUAUGCAGGCAGCCAGACCGGGCGUUCCGGCGAACACUCGUCCAGUCGGCACUGCCGUCCCAUCGGCGAAGUCUCGAAUGCCAGUGCCAAUGUCAAGGCCGCCCACGCAGCCAGCGCUGGCGGUGGCGAACCCCGCCGCGCCUUCCCCACGCAAACGACCACCAACGACGACGGGGACGGCCAUUCCGCCAGCCAAGCGUCACGCUCCGACGAAGGGAGCGCCUAGCGGUGGCACGCCACUGCCAACGAACCCCGCAGCUCUCGCGGUCGCCGCCCCUGCUCCCACGCCGCCCCGGCACGCGCAGGGCGCGCCCGGGAACGCCACGCCGCAACCGGCACCGGCAGCGGCACCGAGGUUUAGGUACUUCGGGGUGCGCCACGACCCAGCCAAGGGGUGGAUGGCACGCGUCAUGGACCCGAAGCGAGGCGGCCGCGACAUCGGCCCCUUCGACGAGGAUCACCAGGCCGCGCUCGCGCACGACCGCGUGGCCAUAGCGUGCGCCGGCCGCGGCGGCGGCCAGGCGCGCCUCAACUUCAUGCCGGCCUUCUACCGCGUCGAGGCCGCGUUCCUGCACCGGUGGGAGGGCGACGUCUGCGACGCCGUCGAGAAGGGCGGGUACGAGGAGCCCUACGCCAAGUACCUCAAGGCCGGGUACAAGGUCGCGCUAAGCAUAGAGGCGGGGGACGAGGGUGACGAGCCGCAGAUCGCCAACUGUGUCGACGCGGAGCUGUUCUGGGAAGUUGUUUUGGAGUUCUUCAUUGAUCGGGCGAGCGAGAUUGGGCAGAAGGCCCUCCGGGAAGGCGGCGACGUGCUCAUGGACAGGUUCGUGGAGAUGUACAGGAACAUGGCCCUGUGCCCGUCGUGGCGAGGCAGGUACCAGCAGCAGCUGCAGCUGCGGCACGCGAUGAUGAUUCAGCAGCAGCAACAGCAGCAGAUUCAGAUGCAGCAGCAACAAGAACAUCAACAACAACAGCUCCAUAUUCAGCAGCAGCAGCAGAUUCCGAUGCAGCAACAGCAGCAACACCGUAUUCAGAUGCAGCAACAGCAGAAGCAGAUGAUGAUUCAGAAGCAACAACAGCGCCAACAAUAUAUCCAGAUGCAGCAGCAGCAGAUGAUGAUGAUUCCGAAGCAAGAACAAAUGAUGAACAUUCAGCAUCAACAACAGCAGCAGCAGCAGCACUUGGAUGGAGAUGCCAUACUGCAAGUGAAACAAGAAUUAAUAUAG